CCCGAAUCCGACAUAACUUUUUAGACGUAAUAAUCAGAAAAGGAUUUCCAGACACUUUGCCCCAGCAAUGGGAUUUCGUGGAUCGUGAUACUUAUCCUCAGUUUCCCUCUUCCAUUUCUCUCAACCAUGGCCCAAAAAAUCAAAUUCAGUGACCUCCUCGAACCAACGUUCGCAACCCGACUAGCACCGGACAAUGCACCAUGGGUGUAUAGACUGAAUCAUUCUCCUAAUAUAGUUGUCAAAGUCGGAGAUAGCAUACGCCUAUCUGAAGCUGCAAGCAUGAAGUUCGUCCACAGCAAAACAUCCAUUCCAGUCCCCGAGGUCUACGAUGCAUACAUUGACGAGACGGAUCCAUGCAGGUAUCUUCUUCUGAUGGAGUACAUUGAAGGGGAUGUGCUUCGGGACGUUUGGGAUACAAUGUCUCUAGAAGAAAAGGAAGAGAUAGUGGGGCAGUUGAGGGGGUAUAUAGAUGAGUUGAGGGGGGUUAUGGGGAUGUUUAUUGGGAGGGUGGAUGGUGGUCCUUGUGAGGAUCAGGUUUUUGAGAGUGGUACGAAGGAGUUAUGGUCCCUAUGAAACAGAGGAGGCUUUUAAUGAGGGGAUCGUUGAAGCCAUGAGGACUUUUUCAGGGGGCAUCUUUACAGAGAUGGUUGUUGACAUGGUGAAAGCUCUGCCGAAGCAUAAGUCUGUGCUUUCGCAUGGUGACAUUGCUCCUAGGAAUAUCAUUGUGCGUGGUGGGAAGGUCGUUGCGAUCCUGGAUUGGGAAUUCAGUGGGUUUUAUCCCGAGUAUUGGGAGUAUGUCAAAGCGCUUCAUCUUCCGAGUUGGGAGACAGGGUGAAUUAAGGAAAGGGUGGUAGAUAGGAUUAUGAAGCCGUUUCAUAUCGAACAUGCAGU